UCCUGAUCGUCCAGCGGUCUUCGCUGAGCGCAGUUUGACGCAAGUCAACUUUGGGCGAACGUCAAAAAAGAGAAAUUUCGCCGGAGCUUUAACUUCAUCUCCGUAACUCGGCUGCUGCUGUGGCUCUUUCGGACUCUGGCGGUCAGAGGUUUGAGCAUGGAGCCGCUGCGGCUGUUUCUCUGCGUGCUGGCCGUGUUUAUCUCGCUGCUCUCGGACAGGUUGGCGGCGCUCGCUUCCUUCUCCCAGGGCACGGACAGCGACUUCACCUUCAGCUUACCUGCCGGCAAGAAGGAGUGCUUCUUCCAGACCAUGAAGAGAGGGGCUUCCCUGGAGAUUGAAUAUCAGGUGCUGGACGGUGCGGGUCUGGACGUGGACUUCCUCAUCUCCUCCCCUUCCGGCCAGUUGCUCUUCAGCGAUCAGCGCAAGUCGGACGGCGUCCACACCGUGGAGACCAUGGAGGACGGCGACUACAUGUUCUGCUUCGACAACGGGUUCAGCUCCAUGUCGGAGAAGCUGGUGUUCUUCGAGCUAAUCCUGGACAACAUGGAGACGGAGGAGGACCCGGACGAGUGGAAGGAGCACGUCAUUGGGAUAGAUACUCUGGACAUGAAGCUGGAAGACAUCAUGGACACCAUCAACAGCGUCAAGUCUCGGCUGGGGAAAAGCGUGCAGAUCCAGACGCUGCUGCGGGCGUUCGAGGCUCGCGACCGCAACCUGCAGGAGAGCAACUUCGACAGGGUGAACUUCUGGUCGGUGGUCAACCUGGCGGUGAUGAUGGUGGUGUCGGCGGUGCAGGUCUAUUUGGUGCGCUCGCUGUUUGAGGACAAAAGGAAGAUCCGCACAUAACGUCGCCCCAACCGGACGGACAGGAGCCGACUCGUCAGCGCGGCCGCGUUAGGGGGCGUCGUGUUGUUUUCCUCAGUACCGCCGUGUCUCUCAAACGUCAGCAGAGACGUUUGUUCAGGACAAAUCCGCCCACUGUUGUCGCUUUGGUUUUCUGUCCCCUGGAGUUCAGUGUCGACUACCGAUCUCUCCUCUCAACUAUCUUUCUAUAUAAAAAAAAAAAAAGUUCCCUCUUUAAAGCUUUAUACUGUCACAAGGUCCUUCUUAGCUGCUGUAGCGGUUUACAGAACAUGUCAGAAGAAGCAUGUUUACGAUAUGCAACUAUUUUUGUUACUGAGCCAAAGUGUUGCCAGGCGAGCGGGCAAUUAGCUAAUAUUCUGUUUCUGAGUGAAAGUAGAUGAAGAAGAGGCUUGCUGCCUGGAGAACUUAUUUCUGCCGACCAGGAGAAGGAGGAGAAACCAGUCGGGCAGCAAGUCUUAAAUAGUCUAAAACGAAUCUACCUUUGAAUUGUUACCUGUCAGUCAGUGGAGUGUUGCUGAGAUCAGCCACGCCCUGUUUCCACGCCGCCGCUCAACAGCCAGGUGUGUGGAGAGGGUGGGCGGGGCUGCGCUGCUAACCCGGAGGACCGUGGAGGAGGAGAGGAAUCCACGGCAUCCACGGCGGCUGCUGGGUGUCCGCUUACAGCCCACCUACCCGGGGAAGACGCCCGGUCCGUUUGUCUGUCCAGUGACAGAAGUCUAUUUCGGUCUGACUGACACCUGGAAGGUCACCGCCGCUCCGUGUAACACGAUCCUCACCUGCGUCAGCCUUCUAGAUGCUGCCGUCUGUGCUAAAUCCAUACAUGUUUGUUCAAAUCUCCUGAUUAUUGCACUGCCUUUGAACAACAUUUUUAAUUCAUUUUCUUUGGCUUUGAGCACUGGAGUGUUAAGGAAAGGUCCAAUACUGAAGGUUUUCAUUCAUUUUGUUUGCCUCUUCUCUGUUAAGGACCUGCUGUGGCUUAUCUUUGUUUUGUUUUUCCCUCACUUUUCUUUUUUUUUUUUUUACUUGACUUCAAUGCUUGACCCCUUCUAUCUAUAGUUGCAUCAUGAGAUCAGGCCUUUACUGUAGAGCCUUAUGAUUAAAGUGCAUAAAUUCAAGCACCUAUUAAUAUUAUGCAAAUUUAUUGUAUGACUUGUUCCCUGUUUUUUUCAUCUUUAAUCUAUUUUGCAUAUAGGAGUCAUUUGUCUGCUCAGCAUUCAUCACUGUAUGGGUGUGUUUGUUAAGAUUCUGGUAUUCUUAUAAUAAAAUUAUAAACAACAAUUCUGAUCAUUUUAAAGUGCUUUAGCCAUCCUGGUAGAUUAUUAAAAUGUUUUAUAGUGUUUGUAUGUUACUAAGAAGGAAUAAAGUGCUCUGUUACUCUUUUUAAAAAUAUUUUCUACGAUUCUGAUGGAGCGGUGGAGGCGGGUUGGGGGAACCCUGACAUUUACCCACCUAUGUCCUGUACUUGUAGAUGUGUAUAAAUUUUAAAAAGCCUAUUAUUUA